AUGGCCCAGAGCGUGGUUUAUGCUGACCUGAGGUUUGCCAAGGUGAUGGGGGGCCGGAGCAUGGCCAGCCAGGCGCUGGAGGCAGCCCUUGGGAUGGACGAGGCAGAGAGCCCCUACGAGAACAUGCAGUCGGCGCCGGCAGGGCAGGACGGGGACGGGGCCCAGCCCAGCCCAGGGCGCUGGUCCUGGCGGUGGUGCAUCCCUAUGGGGCUGCUGGCAACCUGCCUGCUGCUGCUGGUGGCCACCAUCGCUCUGGGGGCUUGCUACUGGCAGGUCACCCGCAGCCUGCGGGACGCCUCCCAGGAGCACGCGGCCGAGCAGGGCCGCCUCUCGCAGGAGGUGAGGUUGCGGGAUCAGAGCCUGGAGCAGACGCAGCUGGAGCUGGCGCGGGCCAGAGCGGAGCUGCAGCGAGCGUGGCGGGAGGGCAACAGCAGCCAGAUGGAUCUGGAGAACCUGAACGCCGAGCUGGGGCGCGUCAUGGCGGUCCUGGGGAGGACGGAGAAGGAGAUGCAGGACGUGCAGGCAAGGCUCAACAGCAGCGAGAGCACUGUGGCCAUCCUGCGCUCCUGCACGGCUAUAGACUGCUGCCCUUCAGGCUGGCUGCUCUACAGGGGCAAGUGCCUCUUCAUCUCGUCGGAGAAGAAGACGUGGGAGGACAGCAGAGCUGAGUGCGAGAAGAAAUAUGCUCAGCUCCUGGUCACCAAAUCCUGGAGUCGCUGGACUGUGCCGACCUUCCUGAAGAAUGCGGACAUCCCAUAUUGGAUCGGGCUGCAGAAGAGCAGCUUCCCCUGGUACGACUAUGGCUGGCUGGAGGAAGAGGACCCAGAAGGCGAGGGGGUCUCAGACGCCUGGUUCUGGGUGGACGGCUCCCUUUAUGAAAGGCCGUGGCAGUCAAAGUCGAAUGGAUCCUGUGCCAUAAUAAGCCGCGGGAACAUCAAACCCGCCCAGUGCGCCGGUCCCGAAGACCUGCAGCUCUGGAUCUGUGAGAAGGCGGCGGGACCGAGCUCUCCUUUCAUGGCAUGAUGGCUGCUGACCCCAGCGCCGCUGCGCGCCUGCACCCCGCAUCGCCCCUGCUUCAGCCUUGCUGCACCCCUGCCCAGGAUGUCCCAUCCACGCCGGCAACCCCCUUCCCCUUCACAGGGACCUGCCCAGGUCCU